UAAUUUAAUUUAUUGGUCCAGGUGUGGGGGUAAUUACAAAGAAAGUCGGGUCCCCUUUCAAGAUUCUCUUCCACUUUCUAUUUGGAAACUGCUUUUCUCGGCUGUCAAAUUCCCCUAUCUCCACCCCCCUUUGUUAAACCUUUCCCUUUCCACCUUGGGAAUGGUCUUUGUUUAACCGGUUUGUACCUUUGAUCCUCAACUCCAAACUCUGGGUUGUAGUGUUGUACUAUAGAUUUCUCGUAAGUGAGUGGGUGUUAACACCAUAAAGAAACACUAAUUCUGAGAGUAUAUUUCCUGCAUUGCGUUGUGGUUUGUGGCUGAUAUCAGCAAGCGUUGGUGGUCCAUGCUGAUGACAUCAUGCAGCUCUAUCAUCAUCCGUAUUCGUUGGACAGCCUGAAGGUUAGACUUGCAUUGGAAGAGAAAGGGAUCGACUACACAUCACAUCAUGUCAAUCCCAUCACUGGGAAGAACUUGGACACCUUUUUCUUCCGCAUCAAUCCAAGUGCUAAACUACCUGUUUUCCAGAAUGGUUCCCACAUCAUAUAUGAUACUAUCGAGAUAAUUCAAUAUAUAGAAAGGAUUGCGGAGAAAGUGUCUUCUGGUGGCUUUGACUUAAAUGUUAGCAACCAACAAGUUGUGGAAUGGAUGCAUAAGAUUCAAGAGUGGGACCCCAAGUAUUUUACCCUCUACCACGUGCCUGUGAAGUAUCGCCUCUAUGUGUCUAAAUUCUUAAGACGUGUAAUAAUUGCUCGAAUGGCUGAAUGUCCUGACCUCGCAAGUUCUUAUCACCGUAAGCUAAGAGAGGCAUAUGAAACAGAAGAAAAAUUGGGGAAUGCACAAGUAGUGAGACAGAGCGAAGAACAUCUUGUAAAGCUUCUGGACGAGGUAGAAGGUAAACUAAGCGAAGCAUCUUAUCUAACCGGGGAGGAGUUCAGUUUGGCAGAUGUGAUGCUCAUCCCUAUUCUAGCUCGGUUACAAGUGUUAAACUUGGAGCUUGAGUUCAUCAAUACAAGACCUAAUCUAUUUGAUUACUGGGCUUUGGUGAAACAGAGGCCAAGUUAUAAGAAGGUGAUUGGAAGAUACUUUGAUGGGUGGAAAAGGCAGAAAACACUACUCAAGACAUGGUGCUUUGUCCAAGCCAGAAGCAUGCUGCGACGAUACUGAGGAAAAGCUGUAGCACUAAGGUCUAAGGAUGAGAUAAAACGACUAUAAGCUCAUUCUCAUCACUGCCCAAAAAGCUUCAGGAAAAAAAAAAGAUAGACAAAUAGAUGGUAAGGUUUUGGUGUUGUGGUAUUUCCCAGAUCAGUUUGUAUAAUUGUUUAUAUGUAUGAUAUUCUAUGUAAUUGUCAUAAUAAAGAUGAUUUGAACAAGCCAAA